UGUGACCAUCAGGGAUCUAAAGGGCAACACUGCCGUGGUGACAUGGGACAUCCCCGAGGGGGACCCAGUCAUCGGCUUCGCCAUCACACAGCAGAAGAAGGACGUGCGCAUGCUGCGCUUCAUCCAGGAAGUCAACACCACCACGCGCUCCUGUGCAUUAUGGGACUUGGAGGAGGAGACCGAUUACAUUGUGCACGUGCAGUCCAUCAGCAUGAGUGGGCCCAGUCCACUCAGCGAACCCCUGCGCUUCCGCACGCCCAAGGAGGCCGAGACUCUGGCCUCCAAGAGUAAAGACGAAGUGACCAUGGAGGAGGUGGGCCAGACCACUCAGCUGAGAGCGGGGGAGCUCAUCAUCAUUGUGGUGGUGCUCAUCAUGUGGGCAGGUGUGAUCGCCCUCUUCUGCCGUCAGUACGACAUUAUCAAAGACAACGAGCCCAACAACAACAAGGACAAAGCCAAGACGUCCUCAGAGUGCAGUACUCCCGAGCACCCAACAGGGGGGCUGUUGCGCAGUAAGGAUGCCAGGAACCCCAGGAACAACAACAACAACAACAGGACGCCAUCCGUCAACAUCAUCGAGGAUGAAGCUGGGACUGUGGGCAUUGUUGCCACCUAACUGUGCCCACCACCAGUCCUUCGGCACGGUGCC